AUGGUCAAGACGGAGUGGAGGCGAACCCUUAUAGCAUACGUAAUAAGGACCGAUGUUCCCGGAAUGAAUAGGGGAGAAAUUGAUGUCAAAGUCGAUAACACAAGCCGUACUAUAGUGGUUAGUGGAACACGUCGAAAACCGUUCGAAAAAGUUGUCUUAGCCACCCUUGUCGAUGAAAAGAGAUACGGUUAUUUCUGGAGGCGUUUUAAUAUACCUGACAGGGUUGCUAAUUUCGAUAAAGUUGAAAUUUUUAUUUGGGAUGGUGUCUUGUUUAUCUCCGUGUUCACUAGUUAG